UGCGCGCGGAGCUGAGCUGGGGAGGCGCGCGGCCAGCAGGGGACUCGCUCAUACUAAUUAUUCCAACUAAUGGCACCUGUUCGCUCCGAAAGCACAACAGUCGGCAGCGCUCUCUGCUCCAGCUUGACAACUUCCAAGAAGAGCCCGGAACAUUUGUCGGCUUCACACAGAAACACCGAGUCCGGUACUGAGGCAGGUGAAAGUGGGUGACAAUUGCGUCUCAGUUUAAGCAGCCUUUAGGUGUAACACCCACACGGAAACAUGCGUCUGUUUCCACGCCGGCGUAUGUCCCCACUUAAACUGGUGCUCCUUGGGGGGACUAUCUUCUUGGUGGCCCUGGUGGUUCUCCAGAGGGACGUUGGCACCUCAUCUGCUGGGGACCCCUGGCUGCAGGAGCUGGUGAACAAGAAGGACCAGAUGAUGGUCAUGGUCCGAGACGCUGUCCACAACAUCGGCUUCCAGAUCGGAGCCCCAGAGCAGCCACCGGUACAGGAACAGCCCACAGAAGACGAAAACUGCCCUGCUGGAUUUUACACUCAGGCUCAGCUCAAACCUUACCUGGAGAGACCUCCUCAGGACGCCCAAGCCCCCGGAGCUGAUGGGAUGGCCUUUCAGACAGACCACUUGAGCCCAGCGGAGGAGAAGGAGAAGGAGGAGGGCAUGACACGGCAUUGUUUCAACCAGUUUGCCAGUGACCGGAUCUCGCUCAGCCGAAGUCUCGGGGAUGACACGAGGCCUCCGGAGUGCGUGGAAAGGAAGUUUCGUCGCUGUCCUCCUCUGCCUACAACCAGUGUCAUUAUAGUCUUCCACAACGAGGCUUGGUCCACACUCCUCAGGACGGUGCACAGCGUCCUGCACACAUCUCCUGCUAUCCUGCUGAAAGAGAUCAUCUUGGUAGAUGAUGCCAGUACAGCAGAGCACUUGAAGAGCCGCCUCGAAGAGUAUGUGCGACAGCUGAAGAUCGUCCAUGUUGUGAGGCAGCUGGAGAGGAAGGGCCUCAUCACUGCCAGGCUUCUGGGUGCCAGUAAAGCUCAGGGUGAAGUGCUCACCUUCCUUGAUGCACACUGUGAGUGUUUCCAUGGGUGGCUCGAGCCUCUGUUGGUCCGCAUUGUAGAGGAGCCGAAAGCAGUGGUCAGUCCAGAAAUCGUCACCAUUGACCUCAACUCCUUCCAGUUCCAUAAACCCGUGGUCACCAGCCGAGCGUUCAACCGAGGCAACUUUGACUGGAGCUUGACUUUUGGCUGGGAGCCAAUCCCAGAGGAUGCAAAGAAGCUGCGCAAGGACGAAACCUACCCUGUCAAAACACCUACUUUUGCUGGAGGUCUCUUCUCAAUCUCAAAGGAGUACUUCGAACACAUUGGAACGUACGAUGACAAGAUGGAGAUCUGGGGCGGUGAGAAUGUGGAGAUGUCAUUCAGGGUGUGGCAGUGUGGAGGUCAGCUAGAGAUCCUCCCUUGUUCUGUGGUCGGCCACGUCUUCCGCACUAAGAGCCCCCACACUUUCCCCAAAGGCACAGAGGUCAUCACUCGCAACCAGGUUCGCCUCGCUGAAGUCUGGAUGGACGACUAUAAGAAGGUCUAUUAUCGCCGCAACAAGAAUGCUGCUGUUAUGGCCAGCGAGCAUAGGUACGGAGACAUCUCUGACCGCCUGAAGCUGAGAGAGCGGCUUCAGUGCAAGAACUUCACCUGGUACCUAAACACCAUCUACCCAGAGAUCUUCAUUCCAGACUUAACCCCAGACAAAUUUGGAGCGAUUAGAAACUCUGGUUCUAAUACCUGCCUGGAUGUUGGAGAGAACAACCAGGGUGGUAAACCCAUGAUCAUGUACCAGUGUCACAACAUGGGCGGCAACCAGUACUUUGAGUAUACAUCUCAUAAGGAGUUGCGCCACAACAUUGGAAAGCAGCUGUGUCUUCACGCCUCAGAGCCGGUGAAGAUUGAACUGUGCCAGCUGAAGGGGAAGGGCACCAGUGUGUCUCCACAACAGGAGUGGGUGUUUACAGAGGAUCAUCUUCUGAAGAAUCCCAGCAGUGGGAAAUGUUUACAGCUGAGAGGAGGGCAGAUUCAGAUGGACUCCUGUAAUACUGCUGAUCUCUUUCAGCAAUGGAUCUUAAGCUGACCUCCCAGUCUGCCCAUCAGGUGAACUCUGGCACCUUACGUCCCCCACAGACUCGUCAUCAAGGAGCCAAACCAACAUCGAUCCGGUUGGACUUAACGUGAUGCUCGAGGCAUGUGGCCGUGCAAAAUCUGCAGUCAAAGAUGGAGGACAAACAGUCAUAUCUGUUAAAGACCCUCAAGUUGGUCUUAACCAAUUUUAAAUUAAUUUAUGGAGGAAACUCAGGAAAAACAUUUGAGGUGGUUGGGAUCUUCAGACAGAGUUUGGACUUUGCGUUUAGGUGUGGCAGCUCGACCGUGGCAGCGCUGAUCAUGGAAAUGACUGAACGGCCGUGACCAGAUUUACUGGACUUGCACUCCAGCUUGAAAAAUCACCUAUUAAUGACUUUUUUUUUUGCUGACAGUGAAUGUUGAAAUGUGAAAACAUGCACAAAUCUAACUACUGAAGAAUAAAAUGAGAUUUCUGUUUUUUUUAAAUAAAAAUGAUUGUGUCAGAUAAAUAAUAAUUUGUAUAUAGUACGUAAUAAAUCUUAUUUUUUUAUCACCACAGGAGCAGAACACCAUUUGUAAGGUUAAAUACAUUGAAAUUGUAGCCAGCCUCUUUGUUCUGUCAUGGUUAUUUGUACUACUUUAUGUAAACGUGUACUAAUCUCGUACUAGUGCGAGAAUUUUCCUUCCGUUUUAGCCUCACAGUGGUUGGUACUGAUUUACAAAAUGUUCUGUAUCCUGAAAAAAUGAUUUACGCCGACUCUUUGCCAUGGUUACUGACACUACAAAUAAAUAAUUUGGACUUGAAA